AUGCAAUAUACUGGAUAUGUUUUAGGGAUUUUAUUCUCCUUAUGGGGUACGACCUCUUUCUUUCUUUCUUUCUUUCCUUUUUUCUUUCUUUCUUUCUCGUCUCAUGAAAUGUCCCUGUUUGCAGGAAUAAUUGCGGGCAGUGUAAAGACUCUACCUCAUGUGAUGAAGUACCAAACGGCGAAACCUCAGAAACUGAAGGACUCAUCUCUUAUUAAUGAUGCUGCUACACAUCAGACAUACCCUGAUGUUCUCCAGUACUCUUUGACGAUUGCAGGGCAAAACUACACACUGCAUCUAGAAAAGAACAAAGACCUUAUCGGGAAACACUUUUCUGUGACCCACUAUUCUGAUCAGGGCACCCAAAUCACAACUACUCCAGAUUUGGGGGAUCACUGCUACUACCAUGGACACAUUGUGGGAGUGGAGGACUCGUCUGCCAGCGUGGGACUGUGCUCUGGAAUAAAGGGGUUUGUGGUUCUCCAGAACCAGAUGUACCUCAUUGAACCUCUGGCCGAAGCGGGACAGCAGGGCGACAUACAGAGUUCUGAAGCUCAUAGUGAUGAGGGUCUUCAUGCUGUUUACAACUACAAACACCUGAGGAGGAAGAGGAGCUCAUGUUCCCAUGGAAACACUACCACUUUCUAUGAUCAUGGAGCUCGUCCGUCUGGACUGUUCCAGCUCAGCAGCCUGAAAAGCAGAGCCCAGACCAAAGACCGUAUAGUAAAACCCAGGACAGUGGAGCUGGUUCUGGUGGUCGACCAGUCAGAGUAUAAGAAGUCUCGCACUAAGAAGGCAGUAGAGACCAGAAUGCUUGAAAUAGCAAACCAUGUGGACAAGCUUUAUCGCCCCGUGGGUGUUCGUGUGAUGCUGGUCGGUCUGGAUAUCUGGUCAUACAAAGAUCAGAUAGAGGUCAGCACCAACCCUGAAAUCACCCUCGGUCGCUUCCUCGAGUGGCGUCAGCAGAGCCUGCUGCCAAUGACCAAACACGACAACGCACAGUUCAUCACAGGUGUGGAUUUUGAAGGCUCCACUGUCGGCUUAGCAAACACCAACGCAAUGUGCACCUCUAACUCUGGAGCUGUCAAUGAGGACCAUAACACUAACCCAAUAGGAGUGGCAUCUACUAUUGCGCAUGAGAUGGGUCACAACCUGGGUUUGUCCCAUGAUACUGAAAAUUGUGUGUGUGGCUCCCAAGUAUCGAAAAAAGGCUGCAUCAUGGCUGAGAGCGUUGGCCUUGUGUAUCCGCAGCUGUUCAGUAGCUGCAGUCAGCAGCAGCUCAUCGGGUUCUUGGAGGAGGUGAACCCUGCCUGUCUGCUGGAUACACCCUCCACUAAUCGCAUCUAUGGAGGGCAAGUGUGUGGAAACGCCUUUGUGGAGCCUGGAGAGGAGUGUGACUGUGGCACUGUAGAGGAAUGCAAGAAUCCCUGCUGCAAUGCCACAACCUGCAAACUUAACGCAGGAGCCCAGUGUGCAGAGGGAGAGUGCUGCCACAAGUGCCAAAUUAAACCGUUAGGCAGUGUCUGCCGACCAAAGGCAGGAGACUGUGACCUGGCAGAAUAUUGCACUGGCCUCUCUGCCUCCUGUCCAACUGAUGCCUACACCCAAAAUGGCCUGUCCUGCAACCGUGGAAAAGGGUACUGCUACAAUGGACAGUGUCCUUCGCGGCAGGAGCACUGCAAGAGACUCUGGGGACCAGAUGCCGAAGUUGCAGCAGAUGCCUGUUUCUACCUGCAUGGAAACUGCAGAAAAACACUGUUUAACCAGAGAUGCUCGAACAGAGAUCAAUCCUGUGGGACACUUUUCUGCACUGGAGGCCGGGAGUUUCCAGUGACAUCCAGGAAGUCCUUUUACAAAGUAGGAAAUGGAGAAAUAUGCAAUGAAGCAGCUUUAAACCCUGACGAUAACCACCCUGCAGAUAUUGGCAUGGUACCGACCGGCACCAAGUGUGGCAACAACAUGGUAUGCUACAAUCAACAGUGUCAAGACAUCAAGAGCAUAAAAGCAUACGGAACAAAUGACUGCUCGACCAAAUGCAACAACCACGGGGUUUGUAACCAUGAGAGUAAGUGCCACUGCGACCCUGGCUGGGCCCCGCCUUUCUGUAAUGUGCAGCAGUCGGAGCUGCCUGAAGAGGCCAAUAUGGUGGUGUAUAUUGUGUCACUGGCAAUUGGAUUACUUCUGCUGUUGGUCCUGGUUAUUGGGGGUUUGAUGUGCUGCAUCAAAAAAAGGCGACCUGCAAAGAGAUGCUUCCGGUCGACUUCAGGACAAUCCAACCCGUUGUUCAAGUCAAGCAGUUCACGAGGCAGCCCUCGUCUUGGGACCACACACAUCAGCCAGCCAACAUUUGUGGAGUCUUCUGCCACUCAGGCCUGUAAACCUCUGUUUUCUGCUGCUGCCAGACCACACACUGGAGCACUGAAGCCCAGCAGAGCAGCUCCAGAGCCACCAAGGAAAGUGCCAACUGUACCUCAGCCAUCAAAGUUUCAACAGGUUCUGAGGCCUUUCAUGGAGCCACCAGCUGUUUCAAGCAAGCCAGUCUAUACUGAGGUUAAGCCACUACCUCCAUCCAGACCUCUGCCACCACUCGCACCAAAAUCAAUCAUGAAGCCAAAGCCUCCAAUGCUUCCAGUGAAGCCAAAGCCCUCUGCUGUCCCGUCUCCACUUCCACACACACAGCUGCUUGCAGGGAGAGCUGCCCUGAUGCCCCCCAGCAGACCCAGAUGACAAGGGGAAUAAUUCAGCAUGGUGUAAACACUGAGAUCCCCUGACAAAGGACAAUAUUUUUGUCCCACCUAGUAGGACCUAGAAGAUCCUCUGAGGAGCCGCUCAUCUCUUUUAAAGCGGAAACAAGAUCCACAGGAUCAGUAACGUUAAGGAACAGAGCUUUUAUGUCAUUUAUGGUCUCUCUGUGGAUCACCACUGUCUGUGUCUUGCUUAUUUGGCCUCAUCACUAUGUUGAUGAAAACCUGAAGCCAUGAUUGAUGAAGUCUAUUUCUAUGCUUUAUAAAUGACAAAUGUUGUCAUGAUGACUUUUUAAGGGAAGUGUCACUCUGCCUUGAUCCUGGGAUAUGUGAAUUCUUUAUGAGGCAAUGAUUUUAACUUAAUGAAAUUGUUUACUGUUGUCCCUCACACAAUUUUGGUACUGAUUUUGUACGAAAUAAUGUUGUUAAGGGAUUUUAAGAUGUGGUACCAACAUGGGCACUUUAAUUUUUUUUUUUUUUAAAUUAAGGACUUACCACAAAAGUUUGUUUGUACUAUCCCAGGUGUGCUUGACUUUGUGGGACUGAAUUAUUACAUGCAGCUGUUUUAUUUGCUGUGUUGACUUGAUGCAUAUUGAUUGUACUUUUUUCAAGGGAUUUUAUAUUGCAUAUUCUAUGAAAGCAGACAUGAUCACACUCCUUCACUCAUAAUGCCAAUGACUGUGGACUUUCUGCAUAUUAAGGGUUCUGCCUUGAUUUUGCCUGCAAAGUUUUAGCUGAAAAUUUAGUUCCACCUUCGUAUUUAUUGAAAUCUUCUUUUUGUCUUGAAAAAAAAGGAGCUGAUAAUAAAAGCGGAUCA